AAGAUUCUUCUUCAAAUUCAUUCCAUCUCUCAAUUUUACCUGAAGCAAGUUUCCAUUCUUUCAAAUUUCCAAUUUUCUUCACACCAAAAUGGCUCUAGCUGUUUCUUCUUCGUCUUCCACUGCGAUUUCUGCUCGGAGCUUCUCGUCGGAAAUCAAAGCUCCGCAUUUAGGCUCGUUUCGCGUGCCGAGUCAAGCGGUGAUGUAUUCUUCGCAGAGGUGGAGCUCGGUGAAGGCUGUGAAUGCUCAGCCGAAGCGGAGCGAUUCGAUUGUGCCGCUCGCGGCGACGGUUGUGGCGCCAGAGGAGGUUGAGAAAGUGGAGGUUCAGGACUUUGAGCAAUUGGCUAAGGAGCUUGAGAGUGCUUCUCCUCUUCAGAUUAUGGACAAGGCGCUUGAGAAAUUCGGCAACGACAUUGCUAUUGCCUUCAGUGGAGCUGAGGAUGUUGCUUUGAUAGAGUAUGCACAUUUAACUGGUAGACCCUACAGGGUGUUCAGUUUGGAUACUGGGAGGCUGAACCCAGAAACAUAUCAGUUUUUUGACACAGUUGAGAAGCACUAUGGUAUCCACAUUGAGUACAUGUUUCCAGAUUCUGUUGAAGUUCAGGCACUAGUAAGGAGCAAAGGGCUGUUCUCUUUCUAUGAGGACGGGCAUCAGGAAUGCUGCCGUGUGAGGAAGGUGAGACCCCUCCGGAGAGCCCUUAAGGGUCUGCGUGCCUGGAUCACUGGCCAAAGGAAAGAUCAAUCUCCAGGUACCAGGUCUGAAGUUCCUGUUGUCCAGGUUGACCCUGUUUUUGAGGGUUUGGAUGGUGGGGCUGGCAGCCUUGUCAAGUGGAAUCCAGUUGCAAAUGUCCAGGGUGCUGAUGUAUGGAACUUCCUUCGUGCCAUGAACGUUCCUGUGAAUUCACUGCACUCCCAGGGAUACAUUUCAAUAGGUUGUGAGCCAUGCACAAGGUCAGUCCUACCAGGACAACAUGAGAGAGAAGGAAGGUGGUGGUGGGAGGAUGCCAAGGCAAAGGAGUGCGGUCUUCACAAAGGCAAUCUCAAACAGGAAGAAGGUCAAGAAAAUGGAGCUGCCAAUCCCAACGGAACAGCCACUGCUGACAUUUUCACUUCCCAGAAUUUGGUCACCUUGAGCCGGCCUGGAAUAGAGAAUUUGGCAAGACUUGAGAACAGGCAAGAACCAUGGAUUGUAGUACUCUAUGCGCCAUGGUGCCAAUUCUGUCAGGGAAUGGAAGCAUCAUACGAUGAGUUGGCCAACAAGUUGGCAGGGAGUGGUGUGAAGGUAGGAAAGUUCAGAGCAGAUGGUGACCAAAAGGAGUAUGCCCAGAAAGAACUCCAACUUGGAAGCUUCCCUACAAUACUCUUCUUCCCAAAACACUCUUCUCGGCCAAUCAAGUACCCAUCAGAGAAGAGGGAUGUUGAUUCGCUGAUGGCUUUCAUCAAUGCCCUUCGGUAAUUGAACUUUUGAAAUGCUUAUAGAAACUAGCCUAGUAAUUCCGGAAGUCAUCCCUCCAUACCUCAAAGGUGUAGUCAACAUUCAGUUGGCAAACCAGUGGAGUUGAAAGAUAAUGCUUCAUUGAUUCUACUUUGAAUCUAUGACAAGAAAUUGUAUCAUGCUUGUGUUUUCGUCUUGUGGGAUGCUCUGUAUUUACCGUGUAUUCUCACCUUAAGUUGCAGUUCCUUCAGGUCAGAUAGGUAUUGUGUUGUUUUGGGGUUUUUCGGGUAGAGAUCGUCUUGUAUGAGUCAGUUUUGAAUGUUGAAAUGGAAAGAGUAUGUUUCUUGUUAAUGUAAAAUAUUUCAGAGUAUUCACUUCUCUUGUCUAGCAAGUUUCAGUCUUGUGUGGUAACAGAAUGUUACUCUUGUAAAGCUAGAAUCAGAGUUAAAUUAUUGCUGGGUACUCGUAUGCCAAUUUGCUCA